UUCAUGAACUAUCCAACACAUGACAAACACAACAUCGUUAUUCCAACUGUAACAUUUGUUUUCUUUUCAGUUUCAACAAAUCAACAUGUGUGCAUUAGUUUUUGAUUGUGGAUCUGGUACCAUUAAAGCUGGGUUUUCUGGCAAUGAUGCACCCCAUGUCGUAAUACCUACCAUUAUUGGUUAUUCGGGGCAUGAGGAACUUGGCGCAAACAUGGGUCAAAAAAUCUCUUAUAUAGGAAAUGAAGCCCAAAGUAGAAGAGGAGAACUCGUAAUAAAGCAUCCUAUUGAACAUGGUAUCAUCAUGAAUUUGGAUGAUAUGGAGGAGAUUUGGUAUCAUAUAUACUACAACAAACUGCGAAUUACUCCAAAAAAGUAUCCUGUUUUGUUAACGGAAGCACAAUUGAACCCAAAAUCUACUAGGGCGAAGAUGACGCAGGUCAUGUUUGAAUCUUUCAAUAUACCAGCAAUGUACUUACUUAAUCAAGCUGUAUUAUCUCUAUAUGCUAGUGGUCGUAUGACUGGUAUUGUGUUGGAUUCUGGACAUGGCGUUUCUCAGAUAGUACCAAUCACAGAAGGUUACGUGAUUCCAAAUGCACACUUUUCUUCAAAUUUGGCUGGUGGAAACCUGACCGAAUACUUAACGAAAAUCCUAUCUGAUCGUGGCUACAAUUUCAAUGCCAUGGAUCAAAAAGAAAUCGUACAAAAGUUGAAAGAAAAUAUUUGCUAUGUACCUAUAGAUUUUGAUCGAGAAAUGGACAAGUCUACUGGGGACAUAACAUUCGAGAGAAAAUACAAACUUCCCGAUGGUCAAAUUAUCGCAGUUGAUAAUGAAAGAUUCCGUUGUCCAGAAGCUCUGUUUCAACCAUCUUUAUUGGGGAGCACAGAAAAGGGUAUCCACCAAAACAUAUACGACACGAUUAUGAAGUGUGGGGUGAGUAUUCAUAGGAAUUUGUACGCCAACAUUGUAUUAUCUGGAGGCAAUAGCAUGUUUCUUGGAAUUGAAAAUAGGAUGACUAAAGAGAUUAUGACUUUGGCUCCAUGCGGAACGAAAAUCAAUAUCGUCACUCCAUCAGACAGGAAUUACCCGGCGUGGACUGGAGGAUCCAUUUUUGCUUCACUUUCCAACUUCAAAAAGAUGUGCGUCACAAAACAAGACUACGAAGAAUGUGGUCCUUCAAUUGUCAAUAGAAAGUGUUUCUGAGUAUCUUCACAAUAUCUUUAUAUUAUUUUAUAUAACAUUAAGUUUCAAUUUUAAACAUAUGAUAUUCGAAUUUUCACCUGACUAAACGAUCAUUUAGUUAUUCAGUCAGUUAUGUAUUAGUUAGUUUUUCAGUUUUGUGUAUGUAACAUUCUAUGAGAAAUCUUAUAGGCUUAGUUAACCCAAUACGUUCUUGACUUUGAGCAUAGUCGUUCUGAGACCUGAGAAGAAAGAUGAAUAUCAUCAUAUACAGACCCGGAUCACCCAUAAGGCCAACCUAGACUACGGGUUAGGGCGCAGACUAAUAAGAGGCCAAACUACGAGAAAGAAAUCAACAAUAUUUCAAUAAUUCAUAAACGGUGAAGAGCCUAAUCAAUACUACUGAUUUCGAAUUUGGAACAUUUCAAUAUCAAUUGUCAUUAAGAUUAUCCUCAGUGUCAUUAUUGAUUAGAGUACAAUCUGUUUAGGUUGAUAUUAGGAUUCUCAAAUCUAAAUAUACCAUAUUUAUAUUGUUAGUUAGGUAUAUAUUCAAUGAAGUAUGUAUAAAUAUAGUGAAUACAAAUUCAAUUUUUUGAAAAU